UUUUUCCACUUUUAAAUGCACAAUAAACCGUAUUUUAAGUAAACCCUAAUUUAAAAAAUCAAUUAAUUUAAAAUUCUUUAAAUGCCUUUCACGCUUUAACUUCCGAAACGCUUUGAUAAGAAAAGUCAGAAAAGGUUAACUGUUGACAGGACUGAAGGUAGAAUCGUAGGGAUUGGAGGGCCCGCCCGGAAAAUUGCAGAAAACUGAAGGGAGAGAGGGGUGCUCGUUCUGCGUCUCUUUAUUGAGUUUAGUGCAGUUUAGUGUUUUCUGUUCUGUCAGCUGGUGCGUCAGCUAGUUGUGUUGUUAAUUUUUCUGUCAAACAUUGUCACGUUUUACAAGAACUUCUGAAGUUGAGAACCGCGGAAACAGAGUUCGUCCAGGGGAAAACCAAAACAAUCAAAAUGGCGGACCCGAGCAACGAGGUUGCUUCGUCGAGUGGUAUUUCAGAGCAAGUUGUCCCUGCUCCUCAAAUUCGUGAGGAUUUGGAAAAAAGUGAAGAUUUCCUUGAGCCAGAUGCAAAACGUCGUAAAAUCCUCCGAGCUGAGGGGAAAACUGAACAAAAGUUGGAGCAUCGACUGGGUGGAAUCCUUUGCUGUGCCGUUUGCCUUGAUUUGCCCAGGGCGGCCGUUUACCAGUGCACCAACGGACACUUGAUGUGUGCUGGCUGCUUCACUCAUGUCCUGGCUGAUGCCAGGCUGCGAGACGAGUUGGCAACAUGUCCGAACUGCAGAAUUGAAAUCAGCAAGACCUCGGCAUCUCGAAAUCUUGCGGUUGAAAAAGCUGUUUCUGAGUUGCCCGCCGAGUGUCAGUACUGUGCUAAAGAAUUCCCACGAAAUUCUUUGGAGCGACAUGAAGAGUCUAUGUGCGAGGAAAGGAUAACGAACUGUAAAUAUAGUAGAAUUGGAUGUCCCUGGAGAGGUCCAAAUCAUGAAUCGACAGAACAUGAAGCAAAUUGUGUGCAUCCUACUCGUUCGGGCGCUGAUGUUAUGGAAGCCCUAAGUGAUAUCGAUACUAAAACACUCGAAGAACGAAAAUUGUACGACAAUGUAUUCGAACUACUCUCUUAUGAGAAAAUUACGUUCAAUGAUCUGCAAAUGAAGCCAUAUCGAACCGACGAAUUCGUCCACAAAAUCUUCUACGAAACUUCACGAUUUACAGCUUUUAAUCAUCAGUGGGUUGUCAAAGCGAGAAUUAAUAACAGCCAGCGAGAUCCUACUCAGAGUUCCGAGCGUGAUAUGACUUACCAGCUCAUUUUAAAAUCAAAAACAACUAUUCCGAUGCCACUUCAUUACUUGAUCCUGAAAGGACCUUUUGGAGAUAUGAAAGUCAACCCCAGAAUUCAUAAACACGACUUUUCCGACUCUGAUAACGAGAGUCCUUAUUUGCCUUUGCCAUUACCAGACACUGCUGAGUGCAAUAGACUUCUAGCAGCGAAAACCAUCAGUUUCCGAUUAAUACUGUUUUGUGCAUCCAAGUAACGUGUUGAGUUGACGUUACGCUUUCGCAAGAGGUUGAGUCGUGAAUGAAUUCCGAAUCACAAAUAAUAUUAAAUUUAAUAGAGACAUUAUUAUUAUUAUAUAUAAAUAUAAGUUAUGCCGCUAAUUAUGAUAUGAAAAUUAUGUUACCCGCAUAGACGCUACCGAGUGAAAGGUGUCGUUUAAUCAAUUUCAGCUGUAAUUGUUAGAUGAAAAAGUUGACAGCUUAAACGAAUCUCUGCGCGUGUUAUGGUCAAUAUCACGUUGGAUUCGUUAAUCAUUCAUUGACUAGAGGAAAUGACCAAUCGUACUUCUUGAGGCACCAUAAUUUCAUGCUUGACGUGUGUCACGUAAAGUAUUGAUACAUCAGUUUUACCUACAAGUAGAUAAAUCGGCUUUAAUGAAUACAAAAAUAACUACCUAAUAUAGGUCAUUAUUCAGUAGACGUAUUUAAGCGUUUAGAAAUAGUUUAAAGGAUAUAUUCUAUUAAACUUAGAGGCUCCGCAGUUUUGGAUUAAGUAGCUUUUUCUGGAGUUUUAGAAAUAGAUCUUUAUACUCGAAUUUACAUAUUUAAGAGAGCGUAUAUCCAGAAGAAAAAUUCAAGUGCAUUUUUUGCUUACAACACUCGAAAGGAACUCCUGAAAGUUUAUAUUUUUGGAUCCGGAUCUCGCAAUUAGAUAUUAAUUUUUUGGUUUGAUAUAUUUUUUUAUUGAAAUCGAAAUAUUUCGAUUACAUUUGCAUCACAAAUGUUUUUUUUAGAGAUCUUGUUGUCUGCAAUAAUAUUACGGAAUCAGUUGUUGCAGAAAUGGUUCCUUUCAGGCUUGGUAUCAUUAUUUGUUACUUCAUGUAAAUAAUUGAUUGAGAGCAAUAGAAAUGCUCAGACUUUUAUAAUUGCUACUUUUUGUGCACACAGCUCCUUAGAUUAUAUGAAUAGCUAUUUCUCUUUAUUAUAUUAGAUGUUAUAGAUUAUUAAAUCUAUAUAUUGAAUACUGUAAUCGCAUCCAUUUCAAUAAAUUUAUUAUUUCACUCGGAA